UCAUGGAAGAUUUACUGUGCUGAAUAAUUGUCCAAGAAAUCCAAGACGAAUGUUUAUAGCGCGCCGGCAAGCAACACAACAAAUACAAACUUUAGCUGCGGCUUGUUUAAAGCGCCAAAAAAACAAAAAAAAAACAAAAACUGUAAAAAAUUCACGUAAAGUUUUCAUUGUGGCCUCGUCGUGAAAGUUAGCUGCCCUCUCUGCGUGUCUGUCUACCAGUUGAAACAACAACAGCGAAAAGUUUGCCAAAAUGGCCAGCACGAAUGUCAAAAUCAUCGAGUCGAAACUGGAUCUGUUCCAGGCCCCACAGAACUAUGCAUUGGCACACGCCGUUGAAUCAUCAUUCAGCGCAUUGCGCGGCACCCUCGCCUGGCAGUUCGGCCUCAUCUUUGGCGAUGUGGAUGAGCUGCGUCGACGGCGCGUCACCAGCGGCAAUUGCGUCGUGCUGGAGCACAAUUCGCGUUUCGUUUACUAUCUGGUCACCAAAUCGAAUCUCUAUGCGGCCAGCACAUACGAUGAUGUUCAAGCGGCACUAAUUUGCAUGAGAGAACAUAUGCGCAAUCAUGAAAUCACCAAAGUGGCCAUGUCACGCAUUUGUUGCGGCAACGAUGGCCUUGAUUGGAAGCAAGUCAAGCGCAUUAUGCAGCAAAUCUUUUCGCACAGCGAAUAUCCCAUCGAGAUACUCGUGUGUGAACAUGACGACAUCUCAGACGAGCUUAAGACGCCCAAGUGUCAGAUUACGGAGGCCAAGGGCAAUUUGUUUAGUGCGCCGGAGAACUUUGCGCUGGUGCAUUCCGUCAGUGCUGACUUUGCCAUGUGCGCUGGCAUCAAUUUGCAGUUUCGCUGCAAGUUUGGCCAGGUGGAUGAGCUAAAGAAGCAGCAGAAGCACACAGGCAAUGUAGCAGUGCUGGAGCAGGGCGGUCGCUUUAUAUACAAUCUGGUGACCAAGGAGCGUUCACAUGAGAAGUGCACAUAUACAGCGCUCUAUUAUGCGCUGCUAGCGAUGCGUGGACACAUGCGUGAACAUAAUGUUACCAAGUUGGCCAUACCACGCUUGGGCUGUGGCAUUGAUCGCUUGGAUUGGCUGCGUGUGCGCAGUUUGCUCGAGUUGGUGUUUGUCAGCGAUCCUGUGGAUAUUAUAGCCUUUUUCUAUGAACCGCCCAGCAUGGUGCAGGAUACGAUUAAGGUCAUGUGCCCCACCUGCCACCACAUGAAGUUGAUGCAACUGCCACGCAGUGUCAGCUCAUCGAGACAGUCGCUCUAUCGCGAGAAGACGCCCUUCUGAGUGAAUCUAUUCACAAUUCGCUGAAUUUUUGUAUAUAAACAAAUGUAUUAAUUUAUAACGCUCGAAACUGGUUUGCAUGGGACUUGCACCGUUACUUAUCUAGUUGCUAAGGCUACGCUAUUGUUUAAGUUAAGCGCACAAAAAAGACAUUUUAAUCUAUAUUUAUGUUAUUUAUAUCAAGCGAAAUAAAUGUCAAGUAACCAA